ACAUUGUCCUGUGCCAAUGAAGCAUGGUUAGUAUCAGCCCACAGACAGCUUCAAGAACUGUGGAGAAAAGGAUGUCUAAACUUUCCUAACUCACCCUAAGCAUUUUUGCUUUGGAUUGUGUCAUUUUUAAAAUGAAAGGCCUCAGUAUGGGUGAAGAGGAUAGGGGAGAAUGGUAGAAAUUGUGGGGAAAUGAUUGUAUUUAUUAGCUGUCUUUCUGUGGCUGUCCCCAUGGUGACAAUUUGUGAUGGCAAAGAAUGCUAGGCGGGGGGAGGCUGAUGCCUGAUUGGGAUGCUUUGUAUUUGGUAAAGUGGCUUCUGAUUGGCCUGGGAGAGCCCCGAACUCUCCGGAGUCGAUAUUCAUUCAGCUUGCUCAAGUGCUUGCUAAACUGCAUCCAAACACUGGCGGGCCCCGGCUGCCUCCGCCGAGGUUGGCGGUGUGUAACCUGCCUAACGAGAUUAGCGGGGAAGGGGCUCUUCUCCACAGCGACGCCGCAGCCGCCAGCACCAGCGAGAAAAGCCACCGCACGCCGGGUUUGCCAAAAUUUGUCCGAAGGAUUAUAAACUUUUCAUGGGAAACUCUGCACAGCGCAUCCAGUGAGAUGGCAUCAGACAGUGAGGUAAAAACCCUACUGAACUUCGUCAACCUGGCCUCCAGUGACAUCAAAGCAGCUCUGGAUAAGUCAGCUCCUUGUCGCCGGUCGGUUGACCACAGAAAAUACUUGCAGAAGCAGCUCAAAAGGUUUUCUCAGAAGUACUCACGGAUCCCACGGUGCCACCCCAGCAAACCUCCUGAAUGUGGCUGGCGCAGGGGGCCUGAGGACCGGGGCCGCGGCCCCCAGCCUGAGGCACCUGAUCCCAGCCCCCAUGGUGGGGCUGCCACUGAUAAGGUGCUGCGGACAGCCGAGCUGGAGGAGAGCCUCACUGGGGAACGGGUUUUGCAGGAGCAAAACCCCGAGGCCUCCAGGCCGGACCAGGUGCCCAUGAGGAAGCGACAGCUACCUGCCUCCUUCUGGGAAGAGCCGCGGCCAGCCCAGAGCCUGGCAGCAAGGGCCUUCCCCUCCAACCCUGAGGGGCUCCCAGUCUCCAGAGACCCUCCACCCUAUGAAGGGAAGAAAAGCAAACGGAGCUCAGACACUGCCAGCCCAGAGAGCCCCCCUGAGUCUGCCCUGCACACUGGGGAGAAGGACCCUGCCAGCGUCACCUCAGGCCGGGUGGGCCCCUGGACCUGCUGCCCCUUCCCAUGCCCCAGGCCAGGGGUGUACCAGCCCCCGGGGAGCCUGCCCCCGUCGCCCUUCCUGGGGCUGGGGCUGUGGAGGAAGAGUGCAGCCACGCUGCCGGUGGAGGUGCCACACUUCUGCAAGGAGGCCGACGGCACAGGGCAGAAACUCUACAGGCCCGUGGUUUUGAAACCCAUCCCCACCAAGCCUGCUGUUCCCCCACCAAUUUUCAAUGUUUUUGGCUAUCUUUAGUUGCAGCGAGUAUCAGAGUUGCGCCGAAUGUGGCAGCUCCUGAGGGUGAACUGAGAUGUCUGGUCAGGCACUGGGUGGGGUGGUGGUAGGAAGGAGGCCGGGAAUCGCACCCUCUUCCUCAUGGGCAGGCUGGACCGAAACUCUAACUGUUGGGAAGAUACUCAGGCUCCACUGUCCUCUCAGUACACGGGUAUAAAUCAGGAAUAAGCCUUAUGAAGCGAGUGGCACGGAGCAUGAGGCAAACCAGGGCUCUUUCAUGGACGGGCAUUGUCUAAGCCACAGUGAGCGGGGCUGCGGGCCAUUCACAGCCGCACUUGUAACACCUAGGAGACCUCCUCCAUGUGGGAACAUCUUUCUGGGGUUGCCUUGAGGCAGCAGCAGCAAAAAGAAAUGACUUAGACCCAUUCAAAGAGUUUUUGUACUUCAAAGUAAUUCCAGAGAAGUCAAGAUAUUCAGGUCACUUCUUUUUGCAUGCAAGAGACUGGAAGGACAGUAUUUAAUGUAGAAGCCACACUUGUGAAUUGAUUUAAGCUCUUCUUGUAUGUAAAUACUGAGAGAAUUAAAAGAAAAAAGAUAUGGGAAGAAA